AUGGCACACUCGAGCCAGACCUCCCCAGCGACCUCCACGCUAGCCCAAAUAUCAGAGGACAUAGCGAAAAUUACAGCAAGCAUGCUUACCCGCAAGGACAAGGUGGAUAUGGUCGCGGAGCUGAGAGCAGUUAUCAGGGAGGAAAUCACGGCAGUCCGCAGAGACCUUACAGCGCUGGAGCAACGCAUAAACGACCUGGAAGUAGACCAUCUACAGAACGCCCAAUACUGGCGGCAGGCAUCGGAGCUGGCGACUGGGAGGCAAGGAAACAUCCUUCUGGACAUCCGCCGACAGGUCGAGGACCUCGAUAAUAGAGGCCGCAGAAAGAACAUAAGAGGCGGAAGAGGAAGACCCCCAAGAGGUCCUUAUAGGCCUGUUCACGCACCUCCUAGGGGACACAGCCCCCUACGAUUUCGGCAUCGAGAGAGGGCAACGGGCCUUGCAGGCCCCUAG